UAUGUCUGUGGACAUGAGCAGCCAAGCGUCCGACAGUAACGAGGAAGAUUUCGAGGAGGAGGAGAAUGAGGGCGCCGAGGAGGAAGAUCAAGGUGAUAUGACUUAUUAUUAUGAAGGCGUGGCUGGUGACGUGGAGCAAGCGGAACCUGACACUUUCGACCCGGAAGAAUACCAGUUCACGUGUCUGACGUAUAGAGAAAGCCAGAGACUGCUGACUGAGGAGGUCAACCAUGUGUCCACCUCCCUUAAGGUGUCACCAGCUGUAGCCAAACUGGUCCUUGUACAUUUUCACUGGCAAGUGUCACAAAUACUAGACAGGUACAAGUCCAACUCGUCUCAGUUGCUUUGUGAGGCCCAGGUUCAGUCCAUAACCACCUGCCGAUCUCUCACUGCCGUGGCGGCGUUGCAGUGCGGUGUGUGUCUGCAGUUUGUACGGAGAGAUGCGUUGCUCUCUCUACCGUGUCAGCACUCCUUCUGCAAAUCUUGCUGGGAGCAGCAUUGCACCGUGCUGGUCAAAGAUGGCAUAGGAGUGGGGAUCUCUUGCAUGGCUCAGGACUGUUCUCUUCAGAUGCCAGAGGAUUUCGUCCUUCCACUGCUGCCCAACGAAGAACUAAAGGACAAAUACAGACGCUACCUCUUCAGGGACUACGUGGAGAGUCACUUCCAGCUGCAGUUGUGUCCUGGCGCAGACUGUCCCAUAGUCAUAAAGGUGCAAGAGCCUCGAGCUCGCAGAGUCCAGUGCAGUCGUUGCGAUGAAGUCUUCUGUUUUAAGUGCAGACAGAUGUACCACGCCCCCACAGACUGCGCUACCAUCCGCAAAUGGCUCACUAAAUGCGCAGACGAUUCAGAGACGGCCAACUACAUCAGUGCACACACUAAAGACAAGCCAGUGGUGUUGAAUUGUUUUGCUGAUCCGAUUCUCUCUACUCUUAUUGGAUGGCAGUGUCCGAAGUGCAAUAUCUGCAUUGAGAAAAACGGAGGCUGCAACCACAUGCAAUGCUCCAAGUGUAAACACGAUUUCUGCUGGAUGUGUUUGGGAGAUUGGAAGACUCAUGGCAGCGAGUAUUAUGAGUGCAGUCGUUACAAAGAGAAUCCUGACAUCGUGAACCAGAGCCAACAGGCGCAGGCUAGAGAGGCCCUGAAAAAAUACCUCUUCUACUUUGAGAGGUGGGAGAAUCACAAUAAAAGUUUGCAGCUGGAGGCUCAGACAUAUCAGCGCAUUCAGGAGAAGAUUCAUGAGAGGGUCAUGAAUAACCUGGGUACCUGGAUUGAUUGGCAGUACAUGCAAAAUGCUGCCAAGCUACUGGCCAAGUGUCGCUACACACUGCAGUAUACCUACCCCUACGCCUACUACAUGGAGUCUGGACCCCGCAAAAAACUAUUUGAGUACCAGCAGGCGCAGCUGGAAGCGGAGAUCGAGAACCUGUCGUGGAAGGUGGAGAGGGCGGACAGUUAUGAGAGAGUAGAGGGAGAGCUCAAUGCCACUGAUAGAGGGGAUUUGGAAAAUCAGAUGCACAUUGCUGAACAGAAGAGACGCACACUGCUGAAGGACUUUCACGACACCUGAACGUCCAUCCGACACGCUCUCAGCGUUAUUUCUCUUUUCUGUCAUCCCUUCAUCCCUCUCCAUCUGUCCCUCGCUCCAAAGAUCCCCCUCACCUCCCCAUCCUUCACUUUUGUUUAUUCUUUUGUGCUGUUUCUCGUUCACAUGUCUGGUCAUAUAUGAUGUAUUCUCUCCUGUGCGCUCCCUCUCUCCUUCUCUCCUACUCUUCCCCCAUCAGUUUCUCAGCUCCAGUGUUUCAGAAUAGCAUGAUGGUAUCCUGAUUCAUGCCCCAUUUCUUUACACCUUCAUAUCAGCUCACAACACACACAAAGCGAGAGUUUAAAACACUCCUGAAACAUGGACUGCCGCUCUUCCAGCUGGUUCCUCCCGUUAAUCAAUGGUUCUGUUUUUUUGUUUUUCUUUCAGCCUUUCUCUUUUUGCUUCUCACUCUGAGUUGAUUUUUUUUUUCCUUGAAAGAUGGCUGUUGAUAGUUAGCUCAUUUAAAAACAAUGAAACAUGCUGUAAUUUUCAACGGUUGUACAUUAAUACAGAAAUAGUUACUGAGAGAAGGUUUUUAAACCAGA